AUGGACAAAAAAGGUAGGCUUAUGGAAAAAAUGUAAAAGAGAAAAUAACAUAUUAAAAUUACAGUAUAGAAAUAAUUCAUUAUAAAUAGAGGGUGUGUCAAUUAUGAUUUCAAUGGCUAAGUGAUUUUUAGAAGUGGAGAGUAAAUCUUGUUCUUUGAUAUUGUAGAUCUUCGAAUUUUAUUCAUAUGGGUGAAUUUAAUAAUGGUAAGAAGGUUGGCACUUGUAAGAUUUGAUUUAAAGAGAAUGAAAAAUAUAAUUAGAUAUAAUACUGUGAACUUUAAGUGUAAUUAGAGGUGAAGGGUCGUAUGAUUUAGAAGGUCAAGAAAUAAAGAUUGGCGAAUUGAUUGUAUUGGGAGAUCAAUUUGAAAAAUAGAAAUAAGUAACCUUCGUUGGAGAAUAUGAAAAUGGAAAAAAAUUGGUAGAUGGGAUAUUUGGUUUAAAUAAUAUGGAUAAAAUGCACAAUAUAAUAAAAUAUGAUGAUAACGGAGGUAAUGAAGUUAAAAUUGGUAGAUGGAAGGUAUUAGAUGAAAAGUUUGGUUUUAAGCAAGAAAUAACCUGUAUUGGAAAAUGUGAAAAAAGUAGGUAAAUGGGAUAGCAACCUUCUUGAUGAAGUGAUGUAAAAAUCUAAUUUAGUUAUCAAUUUCAUAGCAAUGGUGGGUUAUAUGAUGAGAAUGGCAAUAACAAUAAAAUCGGUUAGUGGAUUGAAUAGAAUUUUGCAUUUAAUAAUCACAAUCUAAUAUUGUUUAAAGGCGAGUUUUAGAAUGGUGAAAAAGUUGGUAGAUGGGAGGUUUUUUAAAAAAUUAAAUUAUUUGUAAUAAUCUCUAAAUAAGCUACAUAAUUUUAUUAGUGGUUAUGGGUCAUUUGAUAAAGGAGGAGAUUGUAUCUAAAUUGUGAAUUGGUAUCAUAUCGAGGAUGAAUUCAGUAUAAGAAAUUAUUUAUCUUAUAGUUGUACAUAUAAAAAAUGAAUAUUAAGAUGAAUCAUGGAUCAAACUAGAAGUAGAACAGUAAAAAAGAUUUUGA